CGUCGCCUCCCCUCCCCGCUCCUCGGCGGCUCCAUGGCCCAGGUCCCCGCGCCGCGCUGCCCCAGCGGCCCCGAGCCCGACAGCGAGUCUGCCAUGGGCCGGGGGGCCUGCGUUCCCCCGAAGGUGUCAGGGGCCGUCCAGGACCGCCGGCUCGGGGCCGUGCUGGGCGGGCUGUGCCUGUUCCCCGCGCUCCUGCUGCUGGCCCGGCUCGGGGCCCCUGCGGCGCAGGCCUGGAGCGCAGGGCAGUCCCUUUUCCAUACCAAUUCUGGGGUGUGGGGACCGUCCCUACGACUUCCCCAUGCCCACUUUCUUCCCGUGAAGAGAGAGGCCUAUUCGCUGGAUGCACCAGGGGUCCCUACAGCCCAGGUCCCCAGCCCAUUUUCCCCGCUGGUGCCCCGAAAACGCCGCUACACGUUGACCCCGGCCAGGCUGCGCUGGGACCACUUCAACCUCACCUACAGGUGCGACCUGGCCCUAGGGUGGGGGCUCAGCCACAGCCUAGCCCCUGUCCCUGACCUUGGCCCUCACCCCAGGAUCCUCUCCUUCCCUCGGAAUCUGCUGAGCCCCCGUGAGACUCGCCGGGGCCUGGCUGCUGCUUUCCGGAUGUGGAGCGACGUUUCCCCCUUUAGUUUCCGUGAGGUGGCCCCUGAGCAGCCCAGCGACCUGCGGAUAGGCUUCUACCCAGCCAACCACACGGACUGCCUGGUCUCUGCUCUGCACCAUUGCUUUGAUGGUCCCACGGGCGAGCUGGCCCACGCCUUCUUCCCACCGCACGGUGGCAUCCACUUUGACGACAGCGAGCACUGGGUCCUGGGCCCCACACGCUACAGCUGGAAGAAAGGUGUGUGGCUCACAGACCUGGUGCACGUGGCAGCCCACGAGAUCGGCCAUGCACUGGGCCUGAUGCACUCCCAGCACAGCCGGGCACUCAUGCACCUCAACGCCACGCUGCGUGGCUGGAAGGCACUGUCUCAGGAUGAGCUGUGGGGGCUGCACCGGCUCUACGGCUGCCUGGACCGGCUGUUUGUGUGCGCGUCCUGGGCACGGAAGGGCUUUUGUGACACCCGCAGGAGGCUCAUGAAGAGGCUGUGCCCCAGCAGCUGCGACUUCUGCUAUGAGUUUCCCUUCCCCACGGUGGCCACCACCCCAUCACCCCCCAGGACCAAAACCAGGCUGGUGCCAGAGGGCAGAAAUGUGACCUUCCGAUGUGGUCAGAAGAUCCUCCACAAGAAAGGCAAAGUGUACUGGUACAAGGACCAGGAGCCCCUCGAAUUCUCCUACCCUGGUUACCUGGCCCUGGGUGAGGCUCGCCUGAGCAUCAUCGCCAACGCUGUCAACGAGGGCACGUACACGUGUGUGGUCCGCCGGCACCAGCACGUGCUCACCACCUACUCCUGGCGUGUCCGAGUGAGGAGCUAAGCUCGUCUCCUGGGCCACAGAGGCCUGACAGAUAAAGCUCUGUGUUUGA